GCGGCGGCGGCGGAGGAGGAGGAGGACGGGUGGGAGGUCCCGGCAGCCCCCUUCUCUUCGCGCAAGCCGGCCUGGUUGUCACUCACUGGCGGCUUUGCAGCGGGAAGCGCCUCCUCCCUCCCGUCCCCUCGGGCGGCCGCCGGCCGUUUGCUUUGCAUGGAGGGGGCUUGGCCGAGGGGCCAGCGGGAGGCCCGGCUGCUGCUGCUGCUGCACUCUCGGCUGCGCCGCUGACAGGCAGAGACGGCCGCCGCCGCCACUCUCCUUGCAACUCGCCGGGCCGUCUCCCCCAAUGGAUUAUUCCCCUUUCUAUGUGAUGCUGUCUUGCUUGGUGCCUCUCCACUGCUGGCUCGCCGCGGGCCGGGGAGCCAGAGCCCAAGAGCUCCUCCUGUCUGGAAAGCUAAGUGAAUAUGGUGUGAUUGUGCCCUUCAGUGCAGAUCGCCAGGGACGGUUCCUCUCACACGUGGUGUCUGGCUCAGGGGCAGCAAGGAGGGGAGGAGCCAGCUGUCCCCCCACCAUUCCAUCCUGCUCAGGUCGACACAGAGUGGUCCGCAGUGCCCCUCUGCACCAAAGUAUGCCCAGGAACCACUUGUUCUACUUCAAUGUCACUGUUUUGGGGAAGGAACUGCAUCUUUGGCUGAAGCCCAACCGGCGGCUGUUAUCCCCAGGUGCCUUGGCUGAAUGGCAAGAAGAUUUCCAGGAGGUCUUUCGGGAGCCCCUUCAGCAGGAAUGCGUCUUCACUGGAGGUGUCUCAGGCAUGCCAGGUGCUGUGGUGGCCAUCAGCAACUGUGAUGGGCUGGCAGGCCUCAUUCGAACAGACAGUGGUGAGUUUUUUAUUGAGCCCCUAGAACGGGGUCAGUGGGAGACGGAAAAGAAUGGAAGAGCACACGUGGUCUAUCGCAGGUCUACCAUCCAGCAAGAAAAAAUGGAAACGUUCAAGGACCAUCACAACAAAGCUUUAAGCCUGGGUCAGCUCCCAAACUCACUGGACAUGAUUGAAGACCAUCUUGGCGAAGCGGAGCGGAAGAAACGCCAUGCCAAAAAAGAUGAUUACAACAUAGAGAUUCUGCUGGCUGUGGAUGAUUCAGUUGUGCGGUUCCACGGGAAGGAACAUGUCCAGAAUUAUGUCCUCACCCUCAUGAACAUAGUAGAUGAAAUUUACCAUGAUGAAUCUUUGGGAGUUCACAUCAACAUUGUUCUGGUUAGAAUGAUCAUGGUGGGAUACAGACAGUCAAUCAGUCUAAUAGAGCGAGGGAACCCCUCUCGGAGCUUAGAGCAGGUCUGCCGCUGGGCCCAUUCUCAGCAGCGCGCGGAUCCUGAACAUUCUGAAUACCACGACCACGCAGUGUUCCUCACCAGGCAAGAUUUUGGUCCCGCAGGUAUGCAAGGAUACGCCCCUGUCACGGGCAUGUGCCACCCACUGCGCAGUUGCACCCUCAACCAUGAAGAUGGAUUCUCCUCUGCAUUUGUGGUUGCCCAUGAGACUGGACAUGUGUUAGGUAUGGAACACGAUGGUCAAGGUAACCGAUGUGCUGAUGAGACCAGCAUGGGGAGCAUUAUGGCACCCCUGGUGCAGGCUGCAUUUCACCGUUACCAUUGGUCCCGAUGUAGCAAGCAGGAGCUGAACCGUUACAUACACUCCUACGAUUGCCUCUUGGACGAUCCCUUUGAGCACAAGUGGCCCAAACUUCCGGAGCUGCCUGGAAUCAAUUACUCCAUGGAUGAGCAAUGCCGCUUUGACUUUGGUGUGGGCUACAGAACAUGCACAGCUUUCAGAACUUUUGACCCUUGCAAGCAGCUGUGGUGUAGCCACCCUGAUAAUCCCUACUUCUGCAAAACAAAAAAAGGGCCACCCUUGGAUGGAACGGAGUGUGCAUCUGGCAAGUGGUGUUUCAAGGGUCACUGCAUCUGGAAGACUUCAGAACAGCCUUACAGCCAGGAUGGCAGCUGGAGUUCCUGGUCCAAAGUUGGUUCCUGCUCCAGGACUUGUGGGGGUGGGGUACGCUCCCGCAGCAGGAGCUGCAACAACCCACCCCCAGCCUAUGGAGGGCGUCACUGCCCGGGUGCUACUUAUGAGUACCAGGUUUGCAACACUGAAGAAUGCCGAGGACCCUAUGAAGAUUUUCGUGCCCAGCAGUGCUUCAAGCGGAAUUCUUACUACACUCACCAGAAUUCUAAGCACACCUGGCUUCCUUAUGAGCACCAUGAUGAUGCUCAGAAGUGUGAAUUGAUUUGCCAGUCAGAGGAAACAGGAGAUGUGGUAUUCAUGAACCAGGUUGUUCACGAUGGCACCAGGUGCAGCUAUAAAGAUCCAUACAGUGUCUGUGUGAGAGGGGAGUGUGUGCAUGUCGGUUGUGACAAAGAAAUUGGCUCUCUGAAGCAAGAUGACAAAUGUGGUGUUUGUGGUGGUGACAAUUCCCACUGCCGGACAGUAAAAGGAACCUUGGUCAAAUCUCCCAAACAGCCAGUGGGUACUUUGAAAAUGUUUGAGAUUCCAGCUGGCGCCAGGCAUGUUCAGAUUGAAGAAAUGGAGCCUGCACCCCAUACAAUUGCUGUUAAGAACCAGGCCUCUGGCAACUUCAUCCUAAAUCCCAAAAGCAAAGGUGUUAAGAGCAACACGUUCAUAGAAAUGGGCUUGGAAUGGGAAUACACCAUUGAAAAUAACAAGGAAAGCUUGAAAACCAACGGCCCUCUGCAUGAAGCCAUCAGUGUGCUGGUUGUCCCACAAGAAGAUGAUUCUAAAAGCAGCCUCAUGUAUAAGUACAUCAUACAUGAAGAUCUCCUUCCUGUCAUUGGCAACAACAAUGUCCUCCUGGAAGAAAUGGAUACCUAUGAGUGGGCUCUGAAGAGCUGGUCUCAGUGCUCCAAAGCUUGUGGUGGAGGAAUCCAGUACACCAAGUAUGGCUGCCGGAGAAAGAGUGACAACCGGAUGGUGCAUCGGAACUUCUGCGAUAAUGGCAAGAAACCAAAGCCAAUCCGCAGGCGAUGUAACAUGCAAGAAUGCUCUCAACCCCUCUGGGGUGCAGAGGAAUGGGGAGCCUGCAGCAAGUCCUGUGGCAAGUUGGGAGUCCAGAUCAGAGUGGUUCAGUGCAUCCAGCACCUCCAGAAUGGCACAAAUCGGACCGUGCACACAAAGUAUUGCCCAGGAGACAAACCGGACACCCGUCGGCCCUGCAGUCGCAUCCCAUGUCCUGCCCAGUGGAGAACAGGGGCCUGGUCUCAGUGUUCUGUCAGUUGUGGAGAAGGCAUCCAGCAGCGCCAGGUGGUCUGCAAGUCUGGUGACAGCAUUGGCCAGUGUGAAGGUGAGAAGCCAGAGACCAUCCAAGUUUGCAGAACGCCAGCAUGCCCAGGAAAGCUGUCAAGUACUACAACAAAUGCUGAUGUCAGUGAUACUGUGACUCCUAAAGUCCCAUGGGUGCCACAGGAGAGUGCUAAAAACCCAGUUAUGAAGAUAUCAUCAAAGGAGCCUUGCCUUGGAGACAAGUCCAUAUUCUGCCAGAUGGAGGUCUUGGCUCGCUACUGCUCCAUCCCUGGCUACAACAAGCUCUGCUGUGAAUCCUGUAGCAAAAAGGUCUCUGCCACCAGUCAGCCACCCAGCAUCAACCAAGGUGCUCUGGAGGCUGGAACACAGGGGGCUGUUGUGCUUCCCAGCCCUCUCCCCCAAAUGCCUUUCCACCCCACCGUUGCAAGCCAUCUGCAGAGGAUAAAAGGCACAGUUUCCAAAGAGACAGAGGCAGCCCGUGUCCCCCUAGCUUCCUCAUCUGCCCUUGGUUCCUGUCAGGCUAAGACUGCUUCACAGUCUCAGGGAAGUUCCAGCAACAGUUCUUCGAAAGAUGAGACAUCAAGACUUCUACCUCCUACUCGACAAACGAUGGCAGGGCGGAGUCCUCCUAGAGACCUCCAGGGCAGCUUGGCUUCCCGACUCUUAUCUACAUCACAAAGACAAAGCAAAUUUCUCCUUCUCCCUCAAGAUGCAGCAGGACGAAGGAAGGGCAUCACUGAGUCUAAACAGUCAGCUAGCAACCUAAGGACAUCCUCCCCUAUAGGGACAUGAGAGGGAGUUUCUUUUUCAGGAAUCUUAUCAUGCUCUGUUUCCUCACAGUUUACAUGGGGCGAAGCCACCACAUUUCUGGGCCCCUUUCCAAAACGGAAGGAAUAGCAAUUUCAAACUACAGUCAUGUUAAUUUCAUAACACCAGCCUGCGAUUUUUUUUCUUUUUUAAAUUUUAUUUUAUCUUAUUGUCUGUGGCACUUUUAAAAUGCUUUUAUUUAAAAAAAGAAAAGAAUUUCAAAGGAAGAGACACGUGGGGGGAAAAAAGACUGUAGCAGCCAUUCCUUUGCAAACAAACCACCGUGAGCUAUUAAAUGCACAGAACUUAUAUAGCCCAAGUUCAGAACAAGGCUUGAAUCAGCCAGACUUUUUUUUUCAAGGGUGCUACAAACAGAUUUUCAAGCAAUAAGGUUUUCAAAAUGCCAAGAGGUCCUGUUCAUUCCUGCUAUGAUUCCAGCCACUAGGAGCAUGGUGGGCUCUGAAAUGGUGCUGCACAUGUCACUAUUCUAGUCCUUCUUAUGGUGGACUUGAAGCCUGGCAUGUCUUGGUGGCAGGAGGCCCUGAGAACUGAUGUUUGUCAUGGAGGGAGAGCGAAGGAAACAUAACUUGGAGGGCAAGGAGGGAUUGUUUGGCCUGGCAGCCCUCUGAACCAGUUCUCCAUUGUCCACAGGUUGCUGAGGUGCUGUGUUGAGACUCUUGGGAAAGGCGAUGUCUAAUUUCACAGCUCACAUUGAGUGUCUCUUGAACGGUGUAUUAAUUACAAGUAUUGGUUUCUUUAAAACCAGCACUCUCAUUUUGGGACAGGAGGGCCUCUGUAUAGCAUGGCAGUGAUGCUUGCCAGUCACAUACAGGGAGACUAUAUGGUGAAAGACAGAGCUUUGCAGAAUCAGGCCAAGUAUCCAGCUACUCCAGCAUCUUUUCUCUGACAUUGGCCAUAGAGAAACUGACGCGGUGGGAAUCAUUCAUUGUUUGCCCCCAUUUUCUGCCUGGUUAAUAGCAUUCAUCCCUGAAAUGACUGUAAGUGAAAAAACGUGUGUGUGGGGGGCGGGAACUGAAUGCAGAAACAAAACGCUGUCAAAUACCUCCCUGUUUAAGGAACGAUACUCCUGUGAAGAAUAUGGUUGGGUACCUUUCGCCUCUAACGCGCCUCUUCAUUUCACUUUCUAGUUAGCGUUUGAAGGUAUUCUCUUGCAUUUUUGAGGUGCUAUUUUGGACUCUGCUGAGAUGGGCAGUGGCCCUGGCCUCAGUGAAAUAUGGCCAGCAUUGGGAUGGUAAAUAAGGAAAAUAGUACAGUUACCUUCUCAAACAGCUCUGAAAUGAUAUUUAUCCACGAACGAUACAUGCUGCUGUAAAUAGCUUUGGCAGUAUCUGAAGAUAUAAACCACAUUGUGCUGAGCAGUGGUGGCAGCAAAAAGCUGGAAAAUGGUAAGAUAGUAAAAAUGGCUUCUAUGGAACUCCUGGAUAGUGUUUGUCCUACUACUGUAGAUGUCAACAUAAUUUUUUAGCCAGGAGCCAGAGGCAAGCUACCAGACCAAUUUAAUGUUAAUGUUAAUCCCUGCCCACACACUUAAGGGUCUCCAUUUUCCUUUAAGUACGUUUACACCAAAUGACAUCCGAAGGGCUUUAUCUAUCCUUUCUCAGACGCUUUUAAGCAUCACCACAGGUGUAGUCUCAGGGAUCAGGACAGCAUUGUGCAAUGCCCAUUGGACCACACGAAUCUUACCCCGCAGCGCAUCUGCACACUUUUAAAAAGAACUAGAGAUAAAUACUUCUUACAUAGCUUCAACAGGACAAAGGUCCUAAUGUGGACAUUGGCUGUUUCCACACAGGUUAUUAUUAGCCCUGUUUUUGAUGCUGGUAUGAAACAGGGUUUUCCCUGCUUCACCAUAGAGUUGUGGCACAUUCAUGAACCUCCUGAAGUUUCACUGGCUUUUCCUCAGUCUUUGCCAAAUGUUGGGAGAGAGGGCAGCAAAGUCUUGAUGGUUAUUAUGUGGGUGGAAAAGUUCAGGUUUUCCUGCAUCCCUCCCUGUGAUUUUUCUCCACAGCAGUGAUUUCCUCCACCAGCUCCUAGGGAGCUUUUUUUGUUUUCUAAUUGGCAACUGAAUACCAUUAAAUUGAUAUAAUGCUGUAACAGUAUGUGUAAUAAAGAUGUAACAGUCAAUGACCAAAUGCAAUAGGUGUAGUAGAUUCUCAAAAUGUCCAGGUUUCAUUUUUUUAAAAAGUUUGUCUCUAGAAUAUCUUGUUGCAGAAAUAUAAGGAGAAAGACAUAUUUCCACAACUGAAGGGGCUAGAGAUUUCCUUUAAAAAAAAUGAAAGCUGGGAAUUCAGAGAACUUGUUACUUAUAAUGUUAUGUUUAUAUAACAGUAUUCAAUUGCUAUUUUUGAAACCCUGAAAAGGCCCUGGUUGUCUGGGGGAGGGGAAAAUGACUGCUGGUAAAGGGGAAGCUAUGGGGCAGAGAAACUAUGGGGAAGUUUGUCAUGUGGAAGCCCUGUUGGUGCUCUACUGUGUUGCCUGACCCCAUGUGGAAAUCACCAUUGUAAGACCUGGAAAACAAAUGGUGGCAGGAAUUCUGAUGAGUGUCACUCUUUUUCUAAACUCAGAUACAGGGCAAAUCUCUGGAAAGGUGGCAUGUCUGCUCUCCGAAAAAGAGAGGCACAUAUUUUAAAAUGCAUCAUUUAAUGUUUAGGAAAUGUAAAUUAUUCUCUCCACAUUAUCUGCUAUCGUAGGUUAUACAGGCUCUGUUAUAUGUUACAGUGAAUGCACAUAUGUCCUGCACGUAUGCGCGUGAUCUGUUUUGUAGAAGAGCCAAUGUGUGUUCACUUUACAAGUGAAACUGCGGACUAGUAACUGAAUAAAUGUGGGGUUUGAAUAACAUGUUUAGUUGUACAUGUGUUCAGUGUAACACGAGAAUCACCCAACAGACAUGUAAAGAAAAAACAAGCGUACACUGUACAUUGAUUGUAUGUGUGUUCACUGUAACUUGUCAACAGGGUUACAGAAAUGGUCUUUGCAGUGUAAAAACAGGAAUUCGUUGUACAAAAUUGAGGAGACGGAUAAGGGAUCGAGAGUGCAGAAAUCCUACACAUAUGCCAAGAGCUGAAAAGUUGGUUAUAAAUGUGGGGGUUUCAGCCUUCCUGGACAUGUUUAGCUUCUUCAGUGCCCACUUUGUCUCCCAAUGUUCUUUCCCUCGCCCUCUAUUGCCCUCUAAUUUCUCUGGACCAACACCCAGUGUUCCCUUCCUAUAUUCCACUGCUCCCUUUGCCCUGCUGCCACCUGAGGUCCUUGUUUUCUUCUUCCCUGGGGCCAGUCUGCUCUUCCCCUGUCUAUGAUUUGAGCAGCUCACCUAACAGCAGAUAGGCAAUGACCCUUCUGUCCACUCUGUCCCAGUACAAACUUAUGAAAAAUUUGUCAAGAUGCUGUUGCCCCUCCACAUCAGGAAAUCAGUGAGCGCAUUGCACUGUAGAUGUUGAAUACUAUCUAGCUGCUAAAAAUCACCUGAAUAAGCCAGUAAGGACUUGCUAGACUGUAUAACACUUCAAAUGUUUUGUUGCUGCAUGCUCUGAUAAAGCCAGUAAGGCUCAUGUCUGUAGUCCAGCCAAUCCCAACUCUGUGGUGGGGCACGUUAGUAUGCCACGACGGAGACCCUUAACCUGCCACAGGGAAAGUAAACAAAGGUUCUUGAGGAA